UAAUUCCUACAAAAUUUCCAUGUCCGCAAAUCCCUUGCGGACUUGCCCUAACGAGAAAACUUUUUCAGCACUUUUUUUAAAAUUAAUUUAUAUCUAUUACAGAUUAACCCACAAAGAAUCAAAAAAUCCUCUUUUAAAUUAUUACUACACUUCAAAACCUUUCCUUUUUGCAAUGUGUUUUGGCAAUGAAGCAUUUUAUGGACUUUUAUAUAUUUCUCAUUUUUGGCCUGGUCCAAGUCUUUAUUUUGUUAAUUUUAUGAAUUUAUUGGCUUUUUUGGUUUUUCCUGUUGCGGCGGUUAAAUCGGCUAUUAGUUUGGUUAGUUUUUAUUUUUAA